AUGCAUUGGACCAACAGCAGUGUGCCUGGCAAUCCCAGUUCAAAUCCUGCUAGUCUAAGCUCUGUUCCUGGCAGCCCUACUUUCAUAUCAAUAACAAGCUCGUCAUUCGUUCAAGUCAGUCCAACGGCCUCACGAAGUCAGCCUAGUGGCAAUGAUUACUCUCACUCUAUGAAUCCAAUCAGCUCCUAUCCUAUAUCAACGUCCUCGCAUCCUGAAGGCCCCGGUUCUUCACAGACAGCAAGACCACAGGUAUCUAAUUCACACGGUAAUUAUAGCUACGGCUUCACUACCUCCACCGUCUACACGACUACCACGGUCACAAUCACGAAAUGUCCUGCAUAUGUUACGGAUUGCCCAGCCGAGUCCACUGAAAUUCGAACUUCAACGAUACCAGUAUCAACGACAAUAUGCCCGCUUGAAGGUAAUGAGUUACCAACCCAUACCAAGGGCGGAUGGCUUAGCUCUGCCGCCUUUGAAGUGAAACCCACAGCUGCUUGGCUUCCGGAAAGUUCUGCCUUCAACGGAUUGGUUGGUGGUUUCUCUUUCCCUUCGUGUAUUCCGACCACAACCAAAGUCUACGUCACAGUGACCGUAACUCCCGAGCCGACAGGAACGGACCUGUGGAAACGCGGUCCAAUCCAAGCACCGCAAUAUGGCUUCCCAGACUACACGUACUCAACAUCAUGCGCCACCACGACAACUACAUCAUAUACAAGCACAUCUACAAAAACCUCUCAAGUUCCUCCAUGGGGAACCACCACCGUAACCAGUUUAUAUGCUACGACAACGACCGUGACACCGUCUACUCCAGCCUGGGGAGUCUUAACGCUGACUGCCAGCCCUUCGGGAACUGCCUAUCACUACGACUACAUUCUUGGUGACGCCCACUUCAGGUACACUUACGCUGACAGCCACCCCGUCCGGCUGCAGCACGACUUCCACGAGUACUUGGUUGAGCCCGUCUACUCAUACCAUGACUUCGAGUGUUGUUUCGACCUCCACAACCAUUGUCACACCCACUUGGGGUAUUGCGACAACGACAACUACGAAGGGUACGACUACAACCACAACAACUCGCUACGCCACAACGCUGAGUACGACAACUACGUCUACUUCGACUGUAACCAGUUGUCCCGUAGCAAGUUGGCCAUAACAUGCCCCGACUAA